AAAUUCCAAAAUUUGUUUGACAGUUCAUUGUCCCAGCAGCUUUGUCGAUGCGAUGUAAAUCCCCUGCAAAUAAAUAUAUCAACGAUGACUGUCGGCGUUAACCCCACCCGGCGUCGAUUUAAUAAUCAGCUGUUAACAUAAUCCAAUGGGCGAAGUGAAUGGAAGAAAUAGCUGAGCGAAAGAGUUGAAUCUAGUUCCCUUAGUUCAUUUUACGGAAUAGUUCAUUUGAACUAGUUUGUUCCGGAACGAUUCAACUAUUGACAUUAGCCGGAAAAUCUUUUAUUUCUUUCCAAAACUGCAAUUUACCAAAGAGAAGGGCCAGAUUUACAACAUGUAUAAAUAAUAAACAAAAAUACAAGUUACCAAAAACAUAAGAAAACUCUCACACACACACAAAGUUUAAUGCAUUGAUGUUGUUGUUGAGGCGAAGACAACGGCCUUGUUUCUGAGUGCUUAUCAAGAAGUCAAGGGUAAACAACCUCAGAAAAGUCAGGUGAAAAAGUGGAAAAAGACCAGAAAGAACAAAACAACAACGACUCACGGCCCAAUAUGAGGGAACCAAAACUGGUGCUGAUGCUGGCCCAGUCAUUAAUUGGCACUGGAUUCUUUUUCCUGUAUGUCCACCAUGUAAGAAAUCUGUUCGAGAAUCGUACAAAUAUGGCCCAUCUAACACAAUUGGAACGUGAAUCCUUGUUUCGGCGUGAAGAUGCCCUGUAUCAUAGCUUUUACAAGACUUUAACCGAGGCCCCUGACUUUUGGACAGGCUGUGAGCAGUUAAUGAAUGUAACCGCUAUUGAAUAUCCAAAUAGUGUCAACGUUUUAAGUAGAUUUCAUGUGCUGCCGGAGAUAACAAUAGGAUUUCUUUAUCAUUUAUUACGCUCCCACAGCAGAUUGGGUAUUUUAUCUUUAUUGAGUUGUUGGCGUUCGGAUGAUAUACGUCUGACACUUGAACACGGCCGAUGUGAAGGACAGGCUUUACAAUUCUACUUUGAAUGUGUAUGGCUUUUGGGAGGCCUCACCGUCUUGAUAAUAUACAUGUAUGGCUUGCUAUUGAGUCGCAAUCUAUUCGGUGGCAUUUAUGCUGUAGUGUCCUACAUUAUGUUUCAUAGUUUUGCGGCGAAAAUCUAUGAAAGGCCAAUGGCCAGAGAAAAUUUUGCAUUUCCCGCUAUAUUUGUACAAAUGUUCUAUUUAUGCAUUUGCAUAAAUCGUGUAACGGAGAGAAAGCAAUACAGAAUGUCGUUGUUGACGAUACUGAAGAUGAUAUAUUUAACAACAGUGGCUCUUUUGUGCUGGCAAUUUUCAGCUAUUAUUUUUGCUAGCCAAAUUCUAAUAUUAAUGCUUCCCUGGUCUAUAAGUGGAGUUCCGAAUCGUGUUGUGGGCCUAUUUACCAUGGACUAUGUAACAUCCCAGUUAUUGGCAAAUUUCUUGGCGUAUUAUUAUUCAUUUGGAAAUCGUAGAUAUCUUUUUGGCUGGCAGUUGGGACCCUUGGUGGGUCUAUCGUUGAUUACAGCCGUGAGAAUUUUGAAAAAGCCCACUCCGUCAACAAAUCCCCAAAAGGAAUCAGAGUUGGGUGUAAUAACAGAAAACACAGCAGAAUUUCUAUUCAAAACAAUUCCCUUGGGCGUUUUGAUUUCAAUAUGUUCUCAGGGCACAAUAAUUGAUAUUCUAGAAAUGUCUGGGCUGGCAAGGUCAUCGGAGAACACCUUUGUUCUCUAUCGCGAUCUCAUUGUACAUUGGAUUCUACAGGCAAAAGUUAAUUUUGUUACCAGCCUUUCGGCCUGUAAUCCUGAUUAUGAACGCAUGCAAUGGUCAGAACUGUGGGGUUUUAUAAAAAAUCUCAUCGUCAAACCAUAUUGCCUAUAUGGAGUUGUAAUUAUGGCAAGAUUCUUUCGCAAAUGGCGUAAAUCAACUGAAGUCAAGGAGCCCAACACCGAUGUCAUUGAAAGAGCGAAAAAAUACAUAUUGGAAGAUUUUCUUGAAGAAAAUCGUGUCAGUAUGCAGGACAUGUCGAAAAAAGAAACAGAAGCUAUGCUCAAUGAUUGCCUAGAUCUUUUGGCCAAGUGUGAUUAUGAUUAUGAACGUUAUAAGAAAGAAAAGACCAAUUCGAAAAAAGACAAACCCAAUGAACACAUGGAAUUCCUAAAUGAUAUCAAAAAAUUGAAAGAACAAAUUCACGAGCAACGUGAACACAAAGAUGCUGAGGAAAAAUCCAAAGAUGAUUCUGAUGUAUCGAAAAAACAAAAUCAUUCCGCAUCCUCGGAUAGUGACAAUAUGGAAAAUACAAACAUUACCGCCUCGCCAAAUACCACAAAUGGUAGUAACAAAGAAACAAGUAAAACACAAACCGAAGAAGAUAUGCCGUCCGUAAAUGGUAAAAACACCACAUCAUCUUCCAAUGCUACAGCGUCUGAUUCUGCAAGCAAAUCAAAACCAACUACAAAACGCCAACAGUCCAAAAAUACCAAUGACUCCAAUCAUGAUUUCGGCUACGAUGCCGAUGAUGAUGACGACGAAAAUACCUGUAAUUAUCGCAGUUUUCACUAUCUCUACAGUUUCCUACAGAUGACUGUUUUCACAUUUAUGGGCUUGAGUAUAAGGAAAUUAUUUUUCCUUUGCUUUACACAAGGUUGUGUACUUGGUUCCACGAUAUGUUCCUCGUUUAUGUCGAAUAAAAAUCGACGCAUUUUCUGGACUGCAUAUUUGUUGGUCUUCUUGACGAGCAUUGUUAAUCCGGGCAUUAAGAAUAUCCAAGAGGAAUAUUUCCCAUCGACAAAUGUUAAAUUGAUAAAUGACGAUUUGGAUACUAUGCUGGAAUGGAUUAAAAUGAAUACCGAAAAAGAUGCAGUAUUUGCAGGGCCAAUUGAUAUAAUUGGUACUGUGCAUUUAUCCACAAGAAGACCGAUUGUAAAUCAUGCUCAUUUGGAAAUGAAACAAAUAAGUGAACGUACAGAACAUGUAUAUAGUAUAUUUAGUCGGCAGCAGUCUUCUGACAUUUACAAUCAAUGUUCACAAUUAAAAAUACAGUAUUUAAUUAUAACAGUUAAGGAUUGUGAAAAUCAUAUAAGUAAUGAAUGUGAUCUAUUAUCAAUAUGGGAUGAUAUGCAGCCAGCUUAUCGCAAGUAUCCACAAUUUUGUUCUGAAUUAGCUGUUAAGAAUAUACCGAGCUUUUUAAAAGUAUUUACCAACGAUUACUAUGCCAUUAUAAAAAUGUUUUCGCAAAGUGUACAAAUCAAUUUGAAAUACAAUAAAAUGCCGGAGAAACAAAUGUAAGAAGCUCACUCCCAAAAAAAAAAAAAAACACAUACAUUGACGCAACAAAUAAAGACACACACAUAUACAUAUUACAUACAUACACACAUAAUAUGAAUACAAAAUAAUACGACCGAGCAACGAGAGAGAGAGAGAACACAUUUUAACGUUUAACAAUAAUACAGCAGUGCAACUAUAUAUCUAAUCUAUGUAACUGGAUAAUCAUAAGAUACAAGCUUAACAAAAAUAUUUAUAUACACCUAAAGAGAAGUGGGUGGUGUGAAGUAUAUAUUUGCAAGAAGUUAUUGUUAAGGGUAUUCAUUUAUAAAAAGUUAUUGAAAUUAUUUGCUGGGUAAGAGAAGACAAUAUUGAAGUGAUUAAUCAUUUGAAAUCCACAAAUUACUACAUUUAAUUAAAAAGAUCAUUGAACAAUGAUAAUUUAAUUAAAUAUUAGAAGAUCGAAACAUAAUCAGCAUAAUAAGUAAGUUAAAAUGUGGUAUUUAUAAUUAUAAAAAUCCUUCUUAUUAAUUAUCUUUUAUUAAUAGAUUGUUUAUAGCAGGAAAACAGUAGCUGUACAUCAGGAUUCUGUUUUAUACUUUACUCCGCACUGGGUAAAGGAUGAUAUGUCGUUGUGCAUUUCUUGUGGACUGAUUAGAGAAACCUGGGGGAAAUCUAUAUAGAAGUAGUUCUGAUUCCAUUGAUAAAUUAUAAAUGCCUCUAUGUGGCGUCUGUAUAUUUUUGUCAUCAAUACAGAGAACCCACCAGAUUUUUUUGAAAACGAAGUAUAAUUCAAAAAAGAUAUGGUACAAUAAGCAGGUAGAACAGCUUCGUAAAACUACAGUAAUACAGCCCUGAGGCUAUGAACGCUUCCUGUCAGAAUUAUUCAAAAUUAUAUGCAACAAAUUGUUUUCAUUUAUUUGGUCUUUUUGUUCAUUUCUAAAAUUAUAUAUAAUAUAAAGCGAAAGAUGAAUAAAAUGUCUGGAUGUUCUCUCAAAAAUAUGAUUUUAAGUGUCCAAUCUUUAAAUUCCAUGGCGAAUCUGGUUAAUAUUAUAAACGCGACCCGCAAUUUAAAUUUCUUCUACAUUGAUUUUGAAAAUAUUUUGUUUUUAUUUUUCAAACAGUAAAUACAUGCAAAAAAUUGGCAGAAGUCGGGCACACUUAGAAAAAGAAAAUUGUAAUCAUCUGGUAGGUCUAAAAUACCCUUUUUAUUGUACCAUGGAAAAAUAGUUCCCACAUAAUGACAGAUGUCAAGUCAGGAAUCAGUAGUGGGAUUCUCUAACUCAUUUUUUGAGCUACCGACAAAAAUCGGUAACUUUGAGAGGCAAAAAUUUUAUAUAAAAAAAUAAUUUAAAAAUUGGUAUCUAUCCUUAGGUCUUAGCGACUAUUUCGAUUCCGUCGCUAACUUACCGACAAAUUUUGUUAUUUUCCGAAAUUAUAAGCAUUUUAAUUUUACCAACUUUUGUCGGUAACUCAUAAAAUGAGUUAGAAAGUUCCACUACAGGACCAUUGUUUCUUUAAAGAAAGCAACUAGUUAUCCAGCAAACUUUUUGAAACAGGUUCCCACAAAUGUAAUUUUCGAAUCUUUUCCAAAUCGAACAUUGGAAUAAUAAUUCGUUUUUUUUUAAACAAGCAAGUCACCUAGCAAAUUUUUUUUGAAACAGGAUCCCACAAAUGUAAUUUUCGAGUCUUUUCCAAACAAUAAAUAAUGAUUCGAAAAAGGUAUUCCACACCAUGAUCGAAGUCAGGAAUAUUUCUUCUUCAAGUAAACAAGCAAGUUACCCAGAAAACUUUUUGAAACAGGUGCCUACAAAUCUCAUUUUUGAGUCUUUUCCAAAAAAUAAAUAAUAACUAGAAAAAGGUAUUCCAUAUGGUGGUCGACAAGUCAGGACUAUUGUUUCUUUCAGUAAUAGAACUGUGUAACUUGAAAACUUUUUGAAAUAUGAUCCCAAAAAUCUAAUUUUCGAGUCUUUUCCGAACAUUGUAAUAAUAAUUCGGGGAAAGAAGGGAUUCUACACAGUGACUGAUGUCAGAAUUAUUGUUUCUUUAGUUACCCAGCAAAAUUUUUGAAAAAAAUCCCACAAAUGUUAUUUUUAAUCUUUAACUUUAAAAAAGGUAUUCCACAUCGUAGUCGACAAGUCAGGACCAUUUUUGUACCCUCAGCCAUAUGGCUACAGAGGGUGUAUAUCAUUUGACACGGUCAAAACGUGACUAACCGAAAUAACGGGUUAGACCCUAGGUAUCUUUGGACCAAUUCCGUUUCAGGACAUUUGGAGUCGAUCUAGCGAUGUCAGUCCGUCCGUCCGUCUGUCUGGCUGGAGCUCACGAUAACUCCCGAAGGGAGUAUCCGAUUUGGUACGUCGUAAUAUUUUUGUCAAACUUAUAUCAAGUUCGGAGAUGAACAAUAUCGGUCCACUCUUUCUAGUAUCUCCCCCACAAAAGGUGGAAAUUUUCAAAAAAAUAUAUUUUUUGCACAAAAGAGAAAUUGGAUCAUACGAUUUUGCUCCAACUUUGCAAAUCCUAAUAUUUGCGGCAGUUCUAGGUCAAGUGCGAAAAUGGACAAUAUCGGUCCACUCCAUCAAGUACCUCCCCCACAAAAAGGGACAAAGCUUUGAAUAAUAACAACUCUUUUAAAAUGUGCUGUAAGAGUCCGAUUGUCUUCAAAUUUUAAACACCCCAAUAUUUUUAUAAACCCAAGAUCUGGUGUUAAUAUGGAAGAUAUCGGUCCACUCCUUCUAGUACCUCCCCCACAAAAGAUCGAAACUUUGAAUAUCCAUUAAGCUCAUAAAACGCGAAUUCAACAUCCGAUUCCACUUAGACUUGGCACCUCUGAGUAUUUCUAUCAACACAGGAUCUGUUAUAAAGAAGGUAGAGAUCGGUCCAUUCCUUCUGGUACCUCCCCCACAUAGAGUUCAAUAUUUUGAAAAACAAAACGCAAAGGAUGAAUGCGAAAUAAGCUUCCAACUCUCUACUGAUUUCACACAUAUAAACAUUUUUGUUAACAAAAGGGCUGUUGUGAGGUUGAUAUAUAUCUGCGAAGCCCUUCUGGUUCCUCACCCACAAAGGAUCACAAUUUUCAAUAAUUUUAUCUGUCAUAACUUCCAAAACAGGUCGGUUAUAAAGAUAACUUGCUAUAUCUAAAUAUUUCUCUUAACCAGAAAUCUGAUAUGAAUAUGUAAUUGAUCGAAAUUUAUGAUUUUGCAUAUAUUGGCCAACUAAUCAUAACUUAAGGCGGGGGGUAUACAUCUGUCGGCAAAACCGACUGAUACUAUUUUACUUGUUUCUUUAAUUAAAAGGGCAAGUUACCCAGCAAACUUUUUGAACAUUUCAUUUUUGAAAACUUUCCAAGCAGAACAGCUCAUUACCCAGCAAGCAUUUCAUAUAAAAUACUUGAAUAUCUUUGACAUUAAUUGUAAUGCUAAAUAUUGUUGACAUACACACAUACACCCACCCACUCAGUACUAUCAAUCACACAGUCAAUUUCAGCUUAUAAAAAAAAAACAAAUAAUCCAUGUAUUUACUUUAUUUUAUAAUGCAAAACCAAAACAAAAAAAAAUAGUAUUUUCUAAAUAACAAAGCUUAGGCAAGACGAAACAGCGCAGCGGCUUCAUACAAAAUAACAUAACAAAACAAAAUGCCCAUCCUAUAUUGAAUUUAUUUAUAAAAAACGAAAAAAAAAUCACAAAGCAACUAAUAACAAUAACAACACACAUAUAAAAACUCGCUCUAAAGAGAUAUAUAAUUUUUAAAAGUCAAUAUGUAUGUAUUUUCAAAACAAACGUUAAUAUUGUUAAAAUGCAAGUAAAGAAAACAAUUUAAGGUUGUAUUGUAAAAAACAAGUGAAAACAGAAGAAGAUUCUAAAAUGGACAAUUGUUCCCAAAAAAAAUGUAGGUGUAUUAAAAGGCUUUUAUGAAUAAAACAUUUAGAAUCCUCUUGGCAAACAUUGUUUUCCCCCCCUAAAAACCCCUAUUUUAUGUAUGUACAGCAUGUGUAUGUAUGUAGUAAAUUGUAUUCACUUGAUUUGAUCAUCUCUACAUCUUUGUUGUAUUUAUCUAUAUAUAUAACCAUUUUUUUGUAAAUUUAAAAAAAAAAGUAAAACAAAAAUUACUUCACUUUGCCAAUUUAGUUUCUAAGAUAUGGACUUUGAUUACUUUAUAAACUUAAAACAAAAAACAAAAACAAUGCAUUAAACAUUCAUCUACUUGUUAAUUUUAAGUAGUGUUAAACACUAAACUCUCUUUUUAGACACAUCAAAUAUAUAUAUUUUUUUGUUUUUUUAGGAUAUAAGAUAUUGUUUUCAUAGCAUUAUUAUUAUUCUAAAUAUUAAAAAAAAAAAACGAAACAUUAGCAUUUAGUAAUUUUUGUUUUUAAUUUUUACAAUAUUUUAGAGAUUGCAUUCCUUGUUUCUAGAUUAUACAUAUAUUUGUUUUCACAUAAUUACUUACAUUUUUUACAGGGUGACCUAAAAUUCGAUGCAGCGUGCAAAAAUAUUCCGAUUCUUCGAGAUGUGUUUGCCAUACAAAAACAAACUUGUAAGGAUUUUUCAAAUUUUUGAAUGAGAAGAAGAUAAAAAUUGGAGAACUUGUAUUUCUUAACAGUUUCUGGAACAUGCCUGUGACAGGAAAUUGUCUAUGCAGGUCCAGGUCUUCGUAUAGCCUCCAUAUAACAGUACCUCCCUAUAUUCCCUAUUUUUGUGAUUUUAGCGACAUUAUUCGCCGAAUUGUUUCAAAUUUCGUAUUUGAAGUUCCUAAUGGGUACUAGAGCCCGUGACAGAAAAUUGUCUAUUCAGGUCCAGUUCUUCUUAUAGCCCCCAUAUAACGGUACCUCCCGAUAUUCGGUAUUUUUGUGAUUGUAGCCAAAUUUUUCAAUGGAAUUGUCUGAAAAUUCACACAGGGAGUUCCUUCAGAGUACUUUACCCCUGGAAGAGUAAUGUCUAUGUAGGCCCACGAUAUUCCGUAUUUUGAUGAUUUUAGCGACAUUAUUCACCGUUUCGUGUUGGAAUAUUGUAAUGGCCUAUGACAAAACCUAUGCCUAUGCUGGUCCACGCCAACAUAACGGCGACUUCCAAUAUUCGGUAUUUUUAAAAUGUUAACAGAAUUUUCAACGAAUUUAAUUUUUUUCGAAAAUUUCCAACUGGUUCGGCACGGCCGAACUUACUGCUUUUUUACUUGUUAUAUCCUCAAGCAUAUGGCUAGGGAGGGUAUAUAUCAUUUGGUACGGCCAAAACAUGCCUCAUCGAAAUAACGUGUUUAGACCUUGGGUCUCUUUGAACCAAAUCCGUUUCAGGACGUUUAGAGUCGAUAUAGCCGUGCCCGUCCGUCUGUCUGGCUGGUGCGCACGAUAACUCUCGAAGGAAGCAUUUGAUUUAAUCCAAAUUUGGUACAUCGUAAUAUUAUUGUCAAACUUAGAUCGAGUUCGAAGAUGGACAAUAUCGGUCCACUCCUUCUGGUACCUCCCCCACAAAAUGUCAAUAUUUUCAAAAAAAAAAAAAAAAUAACUUACAGCCCAGAAAGAGGAAGCAUAAUAAGAUUUUGCUCCAACUUUGCAAAUCCUAAUAUUUGCAUCUGUGCCAGGUCAGGUGCGUAAAUCGACAAAUCGGUUCACUCCGUCAAUUACGUCCCUCACAAACGGUCAAAAUUUUGAAUAAUUAUAACUCUUAUAAAAUGUGAUGUAAGAGUCCGAUUGUCUUCAAAUUACACACAUCACAAUAUUUUUGAUAAUCCAAGGUCUGGUGUGAAGAUGUAAUAUAUCGGUCGACUGCUUCUGGUACCACCCCCACAAAGGGUCAACAUUUUGUGUACUCACGAAGCUUAUAAAACGCGAAAAUAACGUCCGAUACCAUUCAGACUUUGUAAAUCUCAAUAUUUCCAUCAACAUAAGAUCUGCUAUAAAGAUGGAAGAGAUUGGACCUGUCCUUCUGGUACCUCCCCCACAAAGGGUAAACAUUUUGAAUAACUAAAACGAUUAUAAAAUCCGAAAUAAGCAUCCGGAUCUCUUCAAAUUGCACACAUCAAAAUAUUUUUAUUAACCUAAGAUCUGGUGUGAAGAUGGAAUAUAUCAGUCUACUCCCUUUGGUACCACCCCCACAAAGGGUCAAAAUUUUGAAUAUUCAUGGAGCUCAUAAAACACUAAAUUAACAUCCGAUUCCAUUCAGACUUGGAACAUCGCAAUAUUUCCAUCAAAACAAGAUCUGUUAUAAAGAUGGUACAGAUCACACCAUUCCAUCCGGUACAUC